AUGCAGCUUGCCAACAUCGCCCUCCUGGAAUUCAUGUUUCUGGAUAUAUUUGCUGGCUUGUUCUUGAAUGGUCUGAUCAUAUAUAUAAGUAGCAGGACUUGGAGGAACGGAGGAUACCUGAGCCCUGGAGAUGCAAUCCUGGUGGCUCUGGGGCUGUGUAACAUCAUCAUGCAGACCUUGCUCACAUGCGGCAUAAUUAUUUAUUAUUUCUGGAUUCACACGUUCCUCUCCUACUCCUUCUUUAGUGUUUUCUUUGCCAUUUAUAACCCCAUGUGUCUAUCUAGCUCUUGGAUGACAUCUUGGCUCUGCAUUUUCUACUGUAUCAAAAUCACAAACUUCCAGUGCAGCGUCUUUGUACUGGUUAAAUCAAGGUUUUCUGGGAUGCUGCCCUGGUUGAUACUGGCAUCAGUUGCGCUGUCUGUUAUUUUCAUUUCCUCUGGUUACUUAACAGCAUUAAAUCCAGCAGGGAACGCCACACAACAUGACAGCUCUCAGCGCGUCCCUUUCACACUGUCCAGUGUGUUUCUGGUUGUUCUGGUCUUCUGGUGCUGCCUACCAUGUGUCCUUAUCCUCACUUCCCUGGGCACAACUCUAACGUCCCUGGUAAUACAUGUGUUCCGGAUGAAGGCAUCAACUGAUUUCAGCUCCUCGAAGAUAGAAGCUCAUAUCAAUGGAAUCCGAACAAUGACUUUGCUUCUAGUUCUCUACAUCAUCUUCUACUUGACCCAAAUAAUCCUCUCACUUAGUAUAUUUCCCUUUUCAUCACCGUGGUUCUGGAUUUUGCUCGUGUUGCAUUUUUCAUUCUGCACCUUGCAAGGAGUUAUCCUGGUAUUAGGAAACCCAAAAUUGUACAAUGCUUUCCAAAUUCUUUACGGUCGCACCAAAGUAACCACAGAUCAAAGAAAUAAUGACAACACAUAA